AAGUUUUUUUUCGAGUGGGUAUCACACAUGUGCGACCUAGAAACUUUACUGGUGGAUUCUGAGAGAAUAGUAGAAGGGACACCUAAUAUUUGGAAGAUGACGAAACUAAAGCAUGUAGACGUAGGAACACUCUUACCUCGUGAGAUAUUUGCAAUUUCUGAAGAAGGUCCGUCUAAGUUGGAGAAUUUAAGGGCAUUUAAAGGCAUGUGUUUAUGUCGUGAGGAUAUAGAGUUAAUUGAGAGGUUUCCCAAUCUUCAAAAGCUUCUCCUCGUAAUAGGUGAUAGUGAUAUUUAUGAAGUUAACUCUCUCGUUCUGAAAUUGGAUGUUCUUACACAGCUUCAGUCCCUCGUGCUUGGUUCGAUAUGUAAUAUCACCAAGUAUUAUUUACCUUCAAGUCUCAAAGAGCUGAUCCUCCGCGCAGUUAAUAUACUAGCAAGUGCAACUUCCACAAUAGCUGCGUUACCCAACCUUCAAAGGCUGAUAUUUCAAAGGUGUAUUUUCGAGCAAGAGGAGUGGGACGUGAGAGAUAUGGAGUUCCCGGUACUCAAAAUCUUAAAAUUUCAAAGCAUUCAUCUUAGGGGAUGGCAUGUCUCAGAAUCAUCAUUUCCCAUGCUUGAGAGUUUAGUGCUAAGAUCUGUUGAAUUGCUUGAGAAGAUUCCUGACAGUUUUGUGGAUAUUGGAACUCUUACAUCAAUCAAGGUGAUCUAUUGUGAUGAUAAUCUCAAGGCUUCAGCUUUGGAGAUUAAGGAAGAAGUAGAAGCAACUACAGGAUGUGACAACCUCAAGGUCGAUAUUCUUCCACAUUACUCUCGGUACACAACUUGACUUCAAUAAUUGUGAAGCUGAAAUGUAAAGGAUGAACUUGUAAUUGAAGCCUGAAGAUUUUAAUUUAAUUCAGUUUCUGAUUUGUAUAUUUGAAUGUUUUGUUCGUUAAGGAUGUUUUGACUCUUGUUUACAAUUGCGUUGGCUGAACUGAACAUGGCUAUGUAAUAACUGGAUUAUAGACUAUUAUAUCUUAGUUUUCUUGGAUUGGUUUUCCUAGUGAA